AUGUCGUCGCACCAGACCUGCGACGGUAUGGAGUCUCAGACUGCAUUUGUGGUAGGCCAUGACUGGGGUGCAGAAGUGGCAGGCCACCUUUGCCUCUUCAGGCCGGGGAGGGCACUUGUCAGCUUAGGCGUUCCCUUCCGUCCACGUUCCAAAGAACUCAAACCUACCAAAUUGGACUGGGAGCUUCUUGGACCAUGGCAGGGAGUUAAAAUCGCUGUGCCCACAAAAUUCAUAGUUGGUGACAAAGACGUGGGGUUUGUCUCUUUUGGGACAAAGGACUGCAUUAAUGGAGAAAUAUUCAAGGAGUUUGUACCUAACGUUGAAGUGGUUGUCAUUGAUGGCCACCAUUUUAUUCAGCAGGAGAAAGCUGAGCCAGUUUCGAACGAAAUCUCGUGUUUUCUCAGUAAGAAAUCACUUCUUUGA